ACGUCAGCACCUUCCUAAAUGCCUGACGUCGACACCUGAUUUCUCCAUCCUUACGUUUCGCCCUUUCAUAGCUCCACGUCUCUCUCUCUCUCUCUCUCUCAAUCCUCUCCGUCGAAUUCCUCCGAAUUCUGUAGAGUCACUGGGGCCAACCAAAAGUUUCGUUUUCAGUCUUCCCAGUCGGUUAUGUCAGAGUCCGGAGGUGAAGAAUCCAGUCAACAAGGUAAGCGGAAGGUUAAGGCCGAUGAAAUCGGCGGAGAGGAGCUUCAGCUAGCGGCGGAGGACCCCCUGCUCGUCUUCGGUUCGGAAAUCAUGACGAUUAUUCUCGCCGAGCUCGACUUGCGUAGCGUCGCGGAAGCUCGUCUCGUUUCUCGCGGCUGGCAGGCCAUUGCUUCCGCCGACAGAAUUUGGGGUCCCAAGGAGAAGAAGGCUCUGUACUCAAGAGAUAGAGGCAUGUUAUGUUAUGGUUUCAGAAGGGCCUGUCACUUCGUAUCAAAUGGUGGGGUGAACGUACCUUGCGCAAGUGAGAACACUGGAAAAUCGGAGAAGGUGGCUGAGAAUCUAUACGCCGACGUGUGGACAGACUUCCAGAUGUUGCACGCUAUCUGCAAGCGCAUGCAGCAACGCCUUGCCACAUGGUCCAGCUAUCCGUCCCCACCACCAUCUCUGCCCUUGCUCGUCGUGAUAUCAACUGGCAAGAGUCACAAGACAGUCAAUGUGCCAUUAUCAUCGGCAAGUGGCCAACUGAUCCGGAGAAAGCACCAAUUCUUUCAUUCAUAUCUAGAUGUUGCGUCUAGCAUGCUUGUGCCCUCAGCCCAGGCUUCGGUUGUGAUUUCCACAGCCGUUGCGCCACCACAACCCCUACUGUCAGCCCAAAAACUCACACUGCAGCCUGACUGCGUGGCCACCGCCGCUGGUUCCACCUCUUGACAUUGUAACAACAACUUUGGCAACAUGUCAAGAGUUAUGGUUGGAUAAGGCACAUAUACCACGCGUAGCAAAGGUUGAAGGACUUCCAAAGAUGAUUGCUACAUUGCUCUCAAUC